AAAACGUCAAAUCGCGCAGGAGCAAGCGCACAUACACACGCACAAGACGCACUCCAAAAAGAAAACACAGCAAUUUCACUAAUCCUCGAUUAUUCGGCUCGGAAUUGUUUGGAUUCUAGCUCAACGGACAACAAUCCGAUUUCCCGUGUAAACAUUCCCGCGGUGGAUCUUUCGCUCAUCGGACAGCAAAGGCAAAAACACUGAACCAAAAAUGGGAGACAGCAAAACACCGGCAAUACUGCGCCGUCGGAAAAAGACCAUGCUUACGAUCGCCCAAAAGAUUUCCCUCAUCGCACGCCACGACCAAGGCGAAACGGCCCAAGAACUUGCCAAGUGCUUCAAAAUAGGCGAACAAACCGCCCGGGACAUCAUUAAGCAGCGGGACAAAAUAUGGAAGUUUGUGCAGAACUGCGAAACGUCCGAGGGGCCGGUCAAGCGCAAAAGCAUGAAAGUGUCGUCAUUCGAGGAGCUGGACGCGAGCAUGCUCUCCUGGUACAACGAGAACCGUGCGGCCGGUAUACCGGUCACGAGCACCAUGUGCAUCGAGCAGGCAAAAUACCUGCACGAAAGUUUGGGCGUGAAACGAUCGUUCACCGCGUCGGCCGGAUGGUUGAGCAGGUUCAAGCAGCGGUACGGCAUCUCGGGCGUGUACACACAUUCUUCCGCCAAGACCGGCAGUCCGAGGCAUGCCGAAACCUUCUGCCGCCAGUUUCAGCAGCUGAUGCAAAGGGACGACUGGCUGCCGGAUCAGAUAUACAAUGCGGACGAGACGGGUCUGCAGUGGAACACAAUACCGUCAAAGGCGACCGGUGCGUCGGACGGUUCGAGCGAGCGCAUUACCGUCAUAUGUUGCACGAACGCUAACGGCACGCACAAGCUAGAUCUGACGUUCGUUGGCAAAGCGAAGAACCCUUGGAGCUCGAGGGACGAAGAGUUUCCGCAGGCGUCCGUCAAUUACUACGAAGCCAAGGGUGGCUGGGCAAGUAAAGAAAUCUUUCACGACUGGUUCGAGUACAAGUGGGUGCCGGAGGUGAGACAAUUUCUGAGCAGCAAAUUCCUUCCGCUCCGGGCGAUACUGCUGCUCGACACGGCCCCCUGCCACAUUACGGACAGCUCGCUGCGGUCCGAGGACGGUUGCAUGAUCGUUAACUUUAUGCCCACGGAUGUGGCCAACCUGGUGCAACCGAUGCAGCAAGGCAUCGUAUCGCUGCUCAAGUGGAACUACCGGACGGAGCUGUUGAAACGGCACCAAGCGGAUGAUACGCACCUGAAGGAUCGCAAGAUGGAAGAUGCCAUACAGGAGUUGGAGUGUUCGUGGUCGAAAAUCUCGGCCCAAACCAUCAAGAACGCCUGGUCCAAGCUGGUCCCGGAGAUGGCGCAGUACGUGGUGGAAAAUGAAAUUAUCCAAACGGCCGACGGUAUGGACGACGCGAGCGUCGUAAUGGUCGAUCACGAAACGGGCAUCGUGAUGGACAUGGAGGAGGUGGAAGAAAUCGAGGAGGACCCGGAACCGAUCGAGGAAAUUCAGGAAACCGAAGAGAUUAUGGAGGGCACCCAGGAAGUGGUGGAGGUGGAGGAAGAAAUCCACCAUCUGGUGGAGGUGGUCGAACCGGAGGGAGCGAACAAAAUGGAAGAAUGGUUUAACGCCAACGAUGGGCUCAUCGUGAAGGAGGACGAGGAAAAUUUGGUCGAGGUGGCGGUUGAAUUUUCCGAACUGACCCAAGUGGUGCCACCACCGCCGGCGGAGGAGGAAAGUGGGGACGAGAAUCCGGACCGACGGCUCGAACUACACACGGCACUAACCUCCGUAGAAACGCUGCUGGACUUUGUCGACCAAAGAGGGCUGGCCGUGGAGGAUAAGAAGGCGUUCAAGAAAAUUCGAUCCGAUGUACGAAAUCUGAUGAAAAGUUUAGAGGCCAAAAAGAAUAAACCCGCACCCGGUGCGGCCGCUCCUGAUGGUGUGCUGCCGUAAAGCGAGCAGGCCAGUGAUGUUGAACUCAUGUUGCGCUGCGGUUCGGCAAGAACGAAUGUCGCAUCGGUUUUCUGCUGGCCGUAUGGCUUUCUGAUGUGGAAAAAUGUUAAAUAAAUGUUAUUUAAAUACGUAUCUAACGGAUUAGACACCA